ACAAAUUGUUCACACUUGGAGCUGAGGCCCUUCAGCUUCUCGGGAGAAGAAAAUCCCAGCAAAGGGAUUUUCACAAAAUAUCACAACCACAAUCCACCUGUGAAUUCUGACAUAUGUACACCAAGCUCAGAACCCCAGGGCAAACGUUACGCCCCGUGCCCCCCCAGGUAAGAACGACACCUUCGGGGAGCCGCUGCACCUGCACGCCCGGCCCGGGAAGUCGCGGGCGGACGUGCGGGCGCUCACCUACUGCGACCUGCACAAGAUCCUGCGCGAGGACCUGCUCGAGGUGCUCGACAUGUACCCCGAGUUCUCCGACCGCUUCUGGGGCACCCUGGAGAUCACCUUCAACCUGCGCGACACCAACAUGAUCCCCGGCUCCCCGGGCAGCGACGAGCUGGACGGAGGCUUCUCCCGGCUCCGGCGCCGCAAGCUGUCCUUCCGCCGGCGCCCCGAGAAAGACGCCGCCAGUCCCGGCGAGUCCCGGGCGCUGCGGGGGGACGGCGGGGGGGGCCAAGCGCCCGGAGCCCCCCGAGGCCCGGCCGAGUGGGACCCCCCCAGCCCCUCCAGCUGCGGCUCCAGUGACGAGGAGGAGCCCCCCGCGCCCCCCCCGGGCGCCACCGCGCUGUCCCCGUUCCGCAGCGCGCCCCCCGGCGCCCCCCGAGCCCGAGGAGCGGGAGGGCAGCGAUACGUGCAACCCGCUCUCAGGCGCCUUCUCGGGGGUCUCCAACAUCUUCAGUUUUUGGGGUGACACCCGGGGCCGCCAGUACCAGGAGCUCCCCCGCUGUUCCCACGGGCCCCCCCCAAAUCCCCCCCCGACCCUGACCCGCCGCCAGCGCUCCGACCUGGAAUCGCGCUUGGAUCUGCUCCAGAAACAGCUCAACAGGCUGGAGUCGCGGCUGAGCACGGACAUCUCCUCCAUCGUGCACCUGCUGCAGCGCCAGGUGCUGGUGCCCCCCGCCUACAGCGCCGUGACCUCCCCGCACCAGCCGCCCCCGGGGCCGCUGCCCCCCGCCCUGCCCGUCACCCCCAUCCGGCCGCUCGCUCAGGUCCCGCGCCCCCCGCGUGCCCCGGACCCCCCGGACGUGGUGCUGCUGCUGGAGCCGCCCCCCCCGCGGCGCCGCUCCCUGCCCGGGGCGCUGCCCCCCCCCCGCGGGGACCCCCCCGGGGACCCCCCCGCUCCAGAGACACUGCUCCGACCCCGGCAGCUAAUGGGAGCGCCGGGGCGCGGCGGGACCCCCGGAGCCACGGGCCCCCCGACCCCGGAAAGAGGGACCCCCGGAGCCCCGGACGCGGGACCCCCGGAGUCCUCAGACCCCGAGACGCGCGACCCCCAAAGCCCAGGACGUGG